AAGAGCAAAAGAAGGUAAAAGAUUAGCAUACUUGCAUCUUGUUGAGCCAAGAGUUCUAGAUCCAUUUGCUCCAGAAGGUGAAGAUGUUUAUAAUGAAGGUACAACAGACUUUGCUUAUUCCAUAUGGAAGGGUCCAAUCAUGAGAGCGGGGAACUACGCUAUCCAUCCCGAAGUUGCCAUGGAAGUCCUAAAGGAUGAUAGAACUAUUGUCGGUUACGGCAGAUACUUUAUUGCUAACCCUGAUUUAGUCGAUCGUCUAGAAAAAGGGUUGCCAUUGAACAAAUAUGAUAGAUCAACUUUCUACGCUAUGUCUGCUGAGGGCUACAUUGAUUAUCCAACUUACGAAGAAGCAAUUAAGAUGGGCUGGGACAAGCAAUAA